CUUGGUAGACUGCUCCACGGGAUAUGCUUGACAACUUUACAAAAUUACUGUUUUUUAAGAAAAAAUGAGCAGGCAUAUCUGUUGGAUUUGUAAGCUAUGCAGAGAUGAAUCUAAGAGACUCCCUUCAAACCUUACUUUGGAUGAAGUUUUAAAAUGGGCACAAUCUUUGGAAAGUCUGAUGGCUACAAAAUAUGGCCCAAUAGUGUACACAGCAUAUUUAAAAUUGGAGCACAGUGAUGAGAACAUUAAAUUCUGGAUGGCAUGUGAAACCUACAAAAAAAUUGCUUCACAGAGGGGCAGAAUUUCUAGGGCAAAAAAGCUUUACAAUAUUUACAUCCAGCCACAGUCUCCAAGAGAGAUUAACAUCGACAGUACAACACGAGAAGCUAUCAUCAAAAGCAUUCGAGAACCUACUCAAACGUGCUUUGAAGAAGCUCAAAAGAUCAUCUAUAUGCAUAUGGAAAUGGAUUCUUAUCCCAGAUUUUUAAAGUCUGAAAUGUACCAAAAACUACUAAAAACUGUUCAAUCCAAAAGCUCUUGAUUACGACCCAGAAGUUUAAACUG